AUGGUCAUGAAGUCAAAGGGGGGUGACUUGAAGGCUGAAAAGUUGAGCGUGGCCGCUUUCCUUCCAACGGGUGCCGACGACGAGGAUGUAACCAGACUAGGAUACGGAAGAAAACACAAAACACCGAGAAACAUUACGCCGAGCACUAGAAACCCAGCCGCUCUCAUGGCCCACUGCCAGCCUAACUUUGGAAGGAGCGAUCUAAACAUCAUUGAUAAUGUAACUCCUCCGAAAGAAGAGCCCGACAAUGCAAUGCCCAUUGCUAGUCCUCGUCGACGGUUGAAAAGCUUCCCAAUGACGGCAAGUGCGACAGUUGAUGAAAGAGCACCACCAAUUCCGCCUAGGACACCUAAGCAGAGAAUGAAGUGCCAGUACUCUUUGCAUUCUCCCAGGAGGAAGAACACCGGGACCAUUGUUGCCGCGGAGAUUGGCGCCAAAAGUUUCGUGCCGUACGCAUCCAUCAGAGGCCCGGCUUGA